CCGCUAUCUCUCUCUCGCGCGCGUGUGUGAAAGAGAGCGAGGAAGCGCGCGCAUAUCCACAUUCGCAACUCUCGCUUUCCUCCGAUCACGUGCCACGCCGCCGCCGCCGCCGCUCCUGCCGAGACGGUCAUCACAAGCUGAUAGUCCCAAGAGGAGAAGCAACCGACACUGCCGACCUUUUCGGUGCUCUCCUGCUUCCGCCACAACCUGAAGACGCGGUUGGGGAGGCAGCGGUGGCGGCGGCUCUGUCUCUAGUUAGCAGGAGGAGGCGGUGGUGCCGUAGCAGCUGCAAAUAAAAGGGUCGGCAGCAAAGAGAAGGUCGGCUGUGGGGAAGACAAGGAAGCUCAAGCUGGUCGCGAGGCUCUGCUGAGUCCCCCCCCACCCCCCUCCGCGCGCAUGCAUUGAUCGCCUCCGCGGGUGGCUUCUUUUGCCUUCCCGCCGCCUGGAGUACUUCUCCGUGGUGCUGCUGCUGCUAGACCGUUUCCCCUCCACAGUUGCAGCCGCUGCCUCGCUUUCUCUGCCUCCCCCCCCCCUUUCUCCCCGCACAGACCUUUGGGCUAUGGGGCUCCUGUCGCAGGGCUCCCCGCUGACUUGGGAGGAGACGCAGCGGCACGCAGAGCACGUGCGUAAACACGGCAUUCUCCAGUUCCUGCACAUCUACCGAGCCGUCGGAGAAAGGCACAAGGACGUGCUGAAGUGGGGGGACGAGGUGGAAUACAUGUUGGUAGCAUUUGACCAUGAAAAUAAGAGAGCGCAGUUGUCUUUAACUGGAGAAGAAGUUCUUCAUACAUUGCAAGAAAAGGGUGAAAAGAUAAACCCUAACCAUCCAACUCUCUGGAGGCCUGAAUAUGGAAGCUAUAUGAUUGAAGGGACUCCUGGGCAGCCCUAUGGAGGAACAAUGUCUGAAUUCAACACUGUGCAAGAUAACAUGAGGAAACGACGUCUGGAAGCUGCUUCUGUGCUGAAACAAAAUGAAGCUCUUUGCACUGUCACAUCAUUUCCAAGAUUAGGGUGUCCAGGAUUUACGAUGCCAGAAUAUGACCCAACACCUGUUGAGACAGGAGCAUCCAAGUCUCUCUUCUUUCCAGAUGAAGCUAUCAAUAAACAUCCAAGAUUUAGUACUUUAACAAGAAACAUUCGACACAGAAGAGGAGAAAAAGUAGUGAUAAACGUACCAAUAUUUAAGGAUAAGAAUACACGGUCACCAUUUAUAGAAACAUUCCCUAAUGAUGAUGGUGAAGCAGGAAGAGCAGCCCAGCCUGACCAUGUAUAUAUGGAUGCCAUGGGGUUUGGAAUGGGCAACUGCUGCCUUCAGGUAACAUUCCAGGCUUGCAGCAUUUCUGAAGCAAGAUAUCUUUAUGAUCAGCUUGCUACAAUCUGCCCCAUUGUGAUGGCAUUAAGUGCUGCAGCUCCAUUCUACAGAGGCUAUGUGACAGAUAUUGAUUGUCGUUGGGGAGUAAUAUCUGCAUCAGUAGACGACAGGACAAGGGAGGAAAGGGGGUUAGAGCCACUGAAGAACAACCGCUACAGAAUCAAUAAAUCCAGAUAUGAUUCCAUAGACAGCUACCUAUCUGAAUGUGGUGAAAAAUACAAUGACAUUGAUUUGACAGUAGAUAAAGAAAUCUACAAUCGCCUAAUAAAUGAAGGCAUUGACCAUCUUCUGGCACAACACAUUGCUCACUUAUUUAUUCGAGAUCCAUUGACUUUGUUUGAAGAGAAAAUACAUCUGGAUGAUGCAAAUGAAUCGGACCAUUUUGAGAAUAUACAGUCAACAAACUGGCAGACGAUGAGAUUUAAACCGCCUCCUCCAAAUUCAGAUAUUGGCUGGAGAGUUGAGUUCAGACCUAUGGAGGUCCAACUAACAGAUUUUGAAAAUUCUGCGUAUGUUGUGUUUGUAGUGCUGCUGACCCGUGUCAUUCUCUCAUACAAACUGGAUUUUCUCAUUCCUUUGUCAAAGGUGGAUGAGAACAUGGCAGUAGCUCAGAAACGGGAUGCUGUCCGGCAGGGCAUGUUUUAUUUCAGAAAAGACAUUUGUAAAGGUGGGAAUGCUGUAGUGGAUGGAUGUGGCACAGCUCAAAAUGGUACAGAAACGGAUGCAGAAGAGUAUACCUUAAUGAGCAUAGAUACAAUAAUCAAUGGAAAGGAGGGAGUAUUUCCUGGCUUAAUUCCAGUUUUAAACUCUUACCUUGAAAACAUGGAAGUGGAUGUGGAUACAAGAUGCAGCAUUCUAAACUACCUGAAGCUAAUAAAGAAGAGAGCGUCAGGAGAAUUAAUGACAGCUGCUCGAUGGAUGCGAGAAUUCAUUGCAAACCAUCCAGAGUACAAACAGGACAGUGUGAUCACUGAAGAAAUGAAUUACAGCCUGAUUUGGGAAUGCAAUCAGAUUGCGCAAGAGCAAGUUGAGUGCCCUGAGUUGCUUGGAGUAGGCUUUAACAAAGUAAAAUACAGUGGAACAAAAACUGGCACUUUUUGAUGAAAGGCUUUAAUAUACUCUCUACUGAAGCAUUUGCUACAGUAUUGUGAAGAUCUGCAUUUUCAUAGUGUGAAGGCCAAAAAUGGUUCUGCUGCACUAUAAGAUGGGCCAAUCUGCCUGAAUAUUCUCUUUAAAGCUUCCUACAAUAGGCAUAUUCUUAUAUUUAAGGUUUAUACUGUGUACAUGUAAAUAGUAAAAUAUUUUUGAUUUAACAUCAGUGUAUUUUAAUAACAUUAUACUGAGUCAUUGUGAACCAGCCUGUAACUUUUUAUAUGCUUAUUCUGGAGAAACUUGCUGUCCUGAAAGAGCUUUGUAAGAGUACUGUAAUGGUACUUGUAUAAGUAGCAUUCCAGAUGUUGAAUGUUUACUCUGACUUUUGGUACCUGGAAUGCACUGAAUAAUCUACUGUAUUUUAAAGAGCAUUUCAGAACCUGAUUCACACAGACAUUUCCCCCGCUCUGCUAUGAGAGGAUGGUGCAAUCUCGACCAUGUUGAGACAGAGAGCAGUGGAAUCGGAUUUUCAGUCAAGCAGCCCAUUCACAAACUUGGCUUUAAGUAGACCUUAGCCUUGCCACUAUCAAUGGGCUAUAAUCAACUUAAGUUCAAAGUGCUAUUGCUUGACUAAGUUAGGGUGUCAGUCAGCAUGUUCCUAUACUGCUUGUGUUUUUGUCCUUCGUCAUAAGUCGUGUCAGCUCGGUAGCCUCAUGCAAUAUAUGUUCUACUUGAUUCCUAAUAGCUGGAACCUCUGGGACAAGAUUCACUUUGCACACAUGCCAAGUGUCAUGACACUUCAGGAGCAAAUUCUCUAUUGUCACCAGCAUUCCUUGUAGUCAUAGUUGCAAAGCACUUUGCCUUUAAUCUGGGUGUCUAAUCAUGGCUUCAGUUUGUUUACUCACAUGUAUCUUUUUCUUCUUCCCCCGAUUUCCAUGGUCCAGUGUCCAUGCUUAACUGGCUAGAAGAACCUGUUUCCAUGAGAGAGGAGCAGGCACCUUUAGUCUGUCUACCCCCAUACUUGGAAUGCAGUAUGCAACAUGGGCAUUCCACUCAGAUACAGAGGUCCAAAUUUCAUAUUCUUUGAACUUAAUUAAUUAAUCCAGGAGGUUUGAGUCAGCUAAAAAUCUGACUUGACCAAAGUAGCACAAAAAUGAGCCAAACAAAUGAGAGAGAAAGUGAUAUAGAACGAGCAGAAAACAGUUAAGAAGUUUAGUAUUUUCUCAAGUUUUAAGUGAAAGCUUUGACAUACCUAAAUAUUCCCCAUAUUUUUUCUAUGCUGCAUCCUCUCUAGUAUGUAACAGUGGGAGAGUAAUCAUGGAAUGCACUAAUAAUUUUGUGAAUCAGGAACCUGAAGCUUAAAGGAAUUGUAUAGAAUUUAAAACAAAAGAUGUUUUAAAGGUGGUUGCGAUUGUAAAUAUAACCUGAGAUUUAGAAAAAAGAUGAGGCUUUAACACGAGCUGCCUAAUUAAAGAGUACAGUAAGGUUUACUGUAUGAUAGAUUAUAAAAUACUUAAUAACAAGCAUAUAUAAAUAUAAGGUGUAAUGACUUUUGGGAAAAAUGGCAGUAAAACUGCAUAAGAUGACCAUAUGCCUGUAGAGAGAUAGAACUUAUGCAGUGUUUAUAGGUGUGCUUUAGGGAAUGCUGGUUUCAGGUUGUGAACAGGGUGGCACAGGUUCACUAAUCUGUGGAAUGAACAAAUAAAAAUUUGCAAUAUAA